AUGGGUUGUGGAGGAAGCCGGUCCGACACAAUAAUCGAACCGAGGUAUCAUGAAAGCUGGACCCGAGAAACCGAGUCGACAUGGCUCACCAAUACAGACGCCGAGGCUGCUCUCUCCACUAUCAACAGUAAGAAGUGUCGUGAUUGUGGAGAAUAUUCUGGAUUUAAUGCUGAAAAAAUACGCAGGUUGGGUUGGGUAGCUGCUAUCAUUUAGCUUGCCUGAAGCUGUCCAUUAUAUUGCUGUAUAAACCCGCAGUAGUUUACCGAUACUUUUUUAUUGAGGCAGUGAGUGAAUCAUGUAUAUGUUUAUUGUCAUGGUGAACAGCGGCAAUUUGGUCUAAAUAUAUUGGAUAAAAACGGGUCAAUAAUAAGUAAUACCGUAUGCAGAAUCAUCUUCACACCAGUGUGGUGAGAUGGCCCUUAUGAACUGUGUGGUUAAGAUGGUUUCAACCCACCUCUGUUACAAAUGGUCAGCCUUUCAAUGCCCCAUUCUGUUUUCACUACAGUCAAACUACAAAAGGCAAUAAUCUCACUACUAUUGCCAAUUUGUAUUGAUAUGUAAUCCCCUACUUCUCUGUGAUUUACCUAGUCAGCAAAGUACAUGUUCAGGGGCAUUACAGUGCCUUCAGAAAGUAUUCAUACCCCUUGACUUAUUCCACAAUUGGUUGUUUUACAACCUGAAUUCGAGAGGUGCAUGGGAAUGGAAAAUGUCUGCACUCACUAACUGGAAGUCGCUCUGGAUAAGAGCGUCUGCUAAAUACCAAAAAAAAAAAUAAUAAUUCUAAAUGGAUUUUGUUUGUUGGAUGUCAACCCCAUCUACACACAGUACCCCAUAAUGACAAAGGGAAAACAUGUUUUUACAAUUGUUGCAAAUUUAUUAAAAAUUAAAUACAGAAAUAUCAAAUUUACAUAAGUAUUCACACCCCUGAGUCAAUACUUUGUAGAAGCGCCUUUGGCAGCGAUUAUAGCUGUGAGUCUUUCUGGGUAAGUCUCUAAGAGCUUUGCACACCUGGAUUGUUCAACAUUUGCCCAUUUAUUAUUUUCUAAAUUCUUCAAGCUCUGUCAAAUUGGUUGUUGAUCAUUGCUAGACAACCAUUUUCAUGUCUUGCCAUAGAUUUUCGAGUAGAUUUAAGUCAAAACUGUAACUCGGCCACUCAUUUACUGUCUUUUUAGUAAGCAAGUCCGUGGUAGAUUUGGCCUUGUGUUUUAGGUUAUUGUCCUGCUGAAAGGUGAAUUCAUCCUCCAGCCUUCUCUUCUUCUCUUCUUCUUCUUCUUCUUCUUCUUCUUCUUCUUCAGGUAAAGGGCUUGAGGGCAUUCAGAAAGAGAAGAGGAUGAUGGUGACCACAGGGACCCAGUGUGGGAAGCAGACCCUCACCAGCUCUGGACCCAACCACCAGACCCUCACCAGCUCUGGACCCAACCACCAGACCCUCACCAACUCUGGACCCAACCACCAGAACCUCACCAGCUCUCGACCCAACCACCAGACCCUCACCAGGUCUGGACCCAACCACCAGACCCUCACCAGCUCUGGACCCAGCCACCGGUGGUCCUGCCACGAUGUAGGCCUCACUGUAUGUCCAUACCAAAUGGGUAGUCUCCUGACAAUCAGAUGAUGAUGGUCAUAAUCGGUGAAAAUCAGUCUCUUGACAAUGUCCUGACAAUCAGUACAAACAGGAGUGGUGGGAUUACAUUUUACAUUUUAGUCAUUUAGCAGACGCUCUUAUCCAGAUCGACUUACAGGAGCAAUUAGGGUUAAGUGCCUUGCUCAAGGGCACAUCGACAGAUCUUUCACCUAGUCGGCUCGGGGAUUAGAACCAGCGACCUUUCGGUUACUGGCACAACGCUCUAAACCACUAAGCUACCUGCCGCCCCAUAUAUAUCAUAUAUAACCCAUUGUUUUGUUUACUCAGUAUUUAUCUAAACCACAGACUAGUAGCCUAUAUAACGUGUGUGGUUUAAUGAAUCAGUGUAACUCAAGAUGACAGUGUGGGCCGAUAUACUAAACUAUACUAAACUAUACUACUGUACUGGGUCUAUAAUACUAAAUUGAAGCCUCCGUGUUAUCUAUGACUGUUAGGAUGAAAUCUUCUCUUGUCCUUUUACAGCAAACAAAAAAGGAGUCCAGAAGGAGAGCGUCUAAGGAGGUGACCGCUCCGUCUAAAGAGGUCCAAGCUGUCAGUGGCAGUGGGGAUAACGUCCCACUCAGUCAGGCCUGGGAUGCCGCUCCGUCUAAGGAGGUCCAAGCUGUCAGUGGCAGUGGGGAUAACGUCCCACUCAGUCAGGCCUGGGAUGAAAGGUGA